GCCUUUUCUUCCCCAUUCAGGGCUUUAAAUCCUUUAUUCUUCUAAGUGUUGCAAAGGAAUAUACGUGAAAUUUGCAGCAUUUAAAUAACUGGGCACCCCACCUGGCUCUUAUUUUAAAUUCGGAGGGCAGAAAAUCACAGACACACAAGAGGAAAUGCGGACUAUUAUUGCAGCUCAUUCGGGUGUCCUGAGAGGAACCGGUGAGAGCAUCCUCUCAGCGUUGAGUAGCCUGCCAUCUCUUCCCUGGGUAGCCAGAACCAAAAUAGAACGUCACUUGCAAAUGAUUUCUGUCGUUCAAUGGGUUGUAACCUUUCUAAUUAUGGGGGUCACUUGCACCAUAAUCUUGUCUUACAUCUUCUUCACUAACUGCUGGCCAAUUGCAGCUCUGUAUUUGUCCUGGCUGAUCAUUGAUUGGGAUACACCCAACCAAGGAGGGCGCCGGUCUGCAUGGGUGCGGAACUGGGCUGUGUGGCGAUACUUCAGAGAGUACUUCCCCAUCAGAUUGGUGAAAACCCACAACCUUGCCCCCACCCGGAACUAUAUUUUUGGUUACCAUCCUCAUGGCAUCUUCUGCUUUGGAGCCUUUUGCAACUUUGGCACAGAAGCGACUGGAUUUUCCAAAAAGUUUCCUGGAAUCCGACCUUCCCUCGCCACGCUGGCCGGCAACUUCAGAAUGCCAAUCCUGCGCGAUUACUUAAUGAGCGGCGGCAUCUUUCCUGUGACCAGGGAGGCUAUCGACUACCUGUUGUCGAAGAACGGCACUGGAAAUGCAGUGAUCAUUGUCAUCGGGGGAGCGGCCGAGUCCUUGGAGUGCAGCCCAGGGAGCAACGUGGUGACCCUCAAGAAUCGCAAGGGUUUUGUGAAGAUCGCUCUGCAGAAUGGAGCUGACCUGGUGCCUGUUUAUGCUUUUGGUGAGAACGAGGUUUACCGGCAGGUCAUCUUUAAGGAAGGCAGCUGGCUGCGGGCGGUUCAGAGAAGGUUCCAGAAGCUGAUUGGAUUUGCCCCCUGCAUUUUCCAAGGCCGCGGAUUUUUUUCCAGCCAUUCCUGGGGCUUGGUUCCUUACGCAAAGCCCAUCAACACAGUGGUUGGGGAACCAAUUUCAGUGCCAAAGAUUGAGAACCCAAGUCCUGAGGAAAUUGAUUACUACCAUGAGAUUUACCAGCAUUCCCUUGUCAAGCUGUUUAACAAGUACAAGAUCAAGUUUGGCUACUGUGAAUCGGACUGCCUGGAGGUGAUUUGAAGAUUUCCCUUUUUAUUGUCCAACUUUCCAUCUGCAAUUUGCCAGGACCCCCCUGAACCAAGUGAAAUUUUCACAACUAUCUUUACACUAAACUUCACAAACCCAGUGAAUCCCAUCACAGAUGCACUACUGAAUAGAAAAAGCCAACCAUCAGUAUUUUGUGUAAUUGUAAAGGAAAAUUAUUUUUGUGAAGGAAUAUUUUUAAUUCUUCAAAUCAAAGAUUUUAAAGGAAAAAAAAAGUCAUGUCUUUUCAUGUAUAAUCUUGAAGUUAGUUUUUUAAAUGUAUACAGUCCAUCAAAUUGUUUAAUCAGUCAGAUUGUUAAUGAUUGCGACUGCUUUCAAGAAUUGUUUAAAAUGCACAAACAAUGCAAUACUAUAGUUCACCAACUCUCCUACAGGGGAAGAAAAGGCCAAAGCUUACCUGAUAUCUUUUUGCACCUUAAUUUUUAAAUUUACAUUGUGCCCUUGGUAAUCUAUGUGAGGGAGGAUAAUGAGGUGUGUUUGAGGAGAUGGUGCAGAGAGGGAGGGAAAUAUAUGGUCACAUUCAAUGUUUACAUUUCACAGUGUGAUGAAUCCUUGUUAACUGGUCAGCUCCACCAAAAGUUAAAGACUGCAGGUAAUUGAAGUAACUACAGUGUAACUAGAAAUGUACGGUUGGUAACAGAAACAGUUAACGUAUCGGGUCAAUAACCUCUUCAGAAUUCCUUUGUACUAUUGUGCCAGAUCUCACAAAGUCAUAGAGCAAAGAGUCAGAGCAAUACAGCACAGGUACAGCCCCUUCAGCCCAACCAGGUGCCCAGUUAACUAGUCCCAAUUUCCUGUGUUGGGCCCAAAUCCCUUGAAGCCCCACCCCUCCAUGUACCUAUCCAAGUGCUUCUUAAAUGAUACUGUUGUACCUGCCUCAACCACUUCCUCUGGCAGCUCGUUCCAUAUACUCACCACCCUCUGUGUGGAAAAAGUUGCCCCUCAGGUCCCUUUUAAAUCUUUCCCCUCUCACCCUAAACCUAUGCCCCCUAGUUUUGGACUCCCCUACCCUGGGGAAAAGACUGUUACCAUCCACCUUAUCUAUGCCUCUCAUAAUUUUAAAUGCUUCUAUAAGGUCGCCCCUCAGUCUCCUGCGGUCCAAGGAAUAAAGACCAACCUCUCCCUAUAACUCAGGCCUUCUAGUCGUGGCAACAUCUUAUCUGCACUCUUUCCAGUUUAACCAAAUCUUUUCUAUAAUAGGGCUACCAAAACUCUACACAAUUUAGUUUACACUUGGGUAUCAAUUAAACUGGGCCCAGGACCACAACGGGGGGGUCAAUGGGGAAAGAAGUUUAAUCUCCACCACAAUGCCUGGAGUGUUGUUGUGCACAGCUUGGUGGGAGGAGGCAGGAAGACUGUGUGCACACAAACAUUACAUUUCACUUUUAAUUCAUUCACCCAACUUGCUGCCUUUGUGAUCAAUCAGUUAUCAGCAAACUGUGGCAGAGGUAACCACAGCAAGUCCAGAUCUAUCGCAUUACCUGUUAGGAGCAUUGCUUCCCCGUGAUCCAAGACACGUGAAUCUCAUGCCAGAUUAGGGAGGGGGAUACUGUCUUGUAAAAGAUAGGUGCCUAACCAUAGUCUGUUCCCAACACAGACUGCGCCAUGCUUUUUAAUAUCACAGAAUACUUCUAUGGUUGUGGAUUAAUCAGCAGUUCUGGUUUGGGAGGACGAUAUCUGUGCUGUCUCAAGGGAGCAAGUAGAUAUCUUGAUCACGGUUUAAAAGUGGGUACAGGUUGUUGUACCUGCCCACUCUGCACUUUAUUGAGUCCUGAUAAUUGGAGGUUUUAUCUCGAGGCUUGGGACCUAAUGGAAGAUGUUGACCCAACGAGCAACUUUGCACCUCUUCCCCUCCCUCCCUCCUUGUCAUUACUUUAUCAGAACUUGUUUACAUCCAGCCAACUGAAGAAAAGCCAUACUGUAUUGUGUCCACUUGUUCUAUUUUUAAAAUGAAGUGCUAAUGGGUUUCCCAAUGUUUUGAGCAGGUGAUAUUCAUCGAUUCAUUCUGCUGGUAUUUUCUUGUCAUCCCUUGAACCCCUCCCCUCCGCAGUACACACUUUUGUACCGACUGUGGAGUCGAAUAAAUAAAUCCUCUUUUUGUACAAAAAA